UGUCUGACUUUCAUUCUUGUACAGCUCUCAGAUGCGAGCGCGAGCACUGUGCUUCGAAAUUCGGUCGAAGAUGGCAUGAAAGUUUUUCGUAUGUUCACGGCCUGACAUGAUCCGUUGUUUUUUCGCGUUCUGACCUAAUAAAUGUGUUCCUUGACUGUCAAAAAAUGUGUUCCAUGAAAUAUUCACGCCAAAGGCAUAGGUUUAGUGUAGUGUUAGUUUGUUUAUUGGGAUUUACCGCUAGAUCUUCGUCUCAAGAAAUAAAAUGCGGUCACCCUCCAGUUCCUCUAAACUCAAGGGUAACUUUAAGUUCCCCAAAACUAGCACCAGGCACCGCAGCGACGUAUCAAUGCGACGAAGGAUACGAAACAUUCGGCGAGACGAAAACCACCUGUUCUACUUCCGGCCGAUGGACUGGAGAACCGCCUUUUUGCGGUGUAAACGUGGCCUACAGACGUCCAUCCAACCAAUCUACGACGGUAAAGGGUGGUUCGUCCCUAAACGCCAACGACGGCGACAAAAGUACUGAACACGACGGCAAGAGAUGUUCCGAAACGCAGAAGGAAACCAGUCCGUGGUGGCAGGUCGACCUCCUAAAACCGUAUUCAAUAAAAGUGAUCAGAAUCACCACUAGGGGAUGCUGCGGACAACAACCACUACAGGAUUUGGAGAUCAGGGUGGGGAACAGUAGUACGGAUUUGCAGAAGAAUCCUCUGUGCGCUUGGUUUCCAGGAACCAUUGAUGAAGGGGUCUCGAAAACGUUCACUUGCGCUAGAGUGCUAAUAGGGCAACAUGUGUUUCUUCAACUAGUUGGCGUAGAAGGGUCUUUAUCGUUGUGCGAGGUCGAAGUUUUCUCAUCUAAUGAAUUUUCACUAGACAGAUGCGUGCCCAACAACUCCCCAGACGAAACGGAACUAGCGACAUUCUCCCAUACCUGUUACAAAUUCGAAAUCACCAGAGGUGGCUCGUUUUCCGACGCCAGGAAUCGAUGCCAGAAGCAAUACGGUGACUUAAUACACUCCAUAACGCCAAUACAGAACACUUUUCUGCAUUCGGAACUGGAUAGGAGGAAAACCAGAUUGAAGACGCAAUUCGUGUGGAUUGGAGCUCAAAAAGAACCAAGUGUCGUGUCCAGGACUUGGAAAUGGGUCAAUGGUGACCUUGUUCAACGUCCAUCUUGGGGCAAAGAUCAGCCGAACAACUACAAUGGUGAACAAAACUGCGUGGUCCUUGAUGGUGGUAGACAAUGGUUAUGGAAUGAUGUCGGUUGUAAUUUAGAUUACUGUCACUGGAUCUGCCAGCACGGUCCUUUUUCUUGUGGCAGUCCGGAUAAGCUGAUCAAUACCACUAUAAUCGGACAAGAUACUGAUAUCGGAUCGACAAUCGAGUACCAGUGUCCUCAGGGACACAUGCUUAUUGGUAGUAACAAAAGAAAAUGUGGCAAAAAUGGUUUAUGGACCGGUGCAGCUCCUACUUGCAAAUACGUUGAUUGUGGCUCUCUUCCCGGCCUGAACCAUGGUACUGUAGAAAUCCAAAAUCAAAUAACCACUUACGGAGCUAAAGCUGUCUACACUUGCCACGAAAAUUACACUUUAAUUGGUCACGAAGUGAGAAUGUGCGGCAACGAAGGCCAAUGGACCAACUCUACACCGCAAUGUCUGUUCGACUGGUGCCCAGAACCUCCUACGAUCCACGGAGGAAGCGUAACCGUAUCUGGUCGACGCGCUGGCGAUACCGCGAUAUAUACCUGCCAUGCGGGUUAUAUAAUUUUUGGAGAAGAAGUUUUGUCGUGUAGACUAGGGGGCGAAUGGUCAGGGAAAGCGCCGACCUGCAAAUACAUAGACUGCGGUUCCCCUGCGAAUAUAGACAAUGGAAAAUACGUCUUGCUGAACGGCACCACAAGCGUUGAAAGUCUAGCCGAGUACUCUUGCAUCGAGGAUUAUUGGAUGAACGGACAGAAGCAACAAAAGUGCACCAGGGAAGGAAAAUGGUCGGCUGAUGCUCCGUCUUGUGAACUUAUAACCUGCGAGGAACCGGAAGUACCCGCCGGAAGUUACGUAGUCGGGUACGAUUUCAACGUUCAUUCCGUCAUCGAGUACCAUUGCGAAGUCGGUCACAUUCUAAUUGGAGAAUCGUCGCACACGUGUAACAGCAAUGGCGAAUGGUCCGGUACCACCCCUAACUGUGAAUUUAUCGAUUGCGGCAAAGUUCCUGAAUUUCAAAACGGCGAUUUGAUAUAUGUCAACGCGACUACGUACCUAAAUAGCCAGAUCACGUAUACUUGUUACAAAAACUUUAGGCUAAACGGAGUACCGAAGAGAAUAUGCCAAGAAAAUAGAGAGUGGAGUGACACUCCUCCAAAAUGCGAAGAAAUUAGAUGUCCAGAAGCAACUUUGGCCGAUCACAGUAUUCUUUCUGUAACCGGAAACGACAGGAUCUACGGUAGGACAUUGAUAAGAACACAAGAAUCCUCUAAUGGAGCAUCUUCGUACAAAAUUGGGGCGCUGUUGAAGUACAGGUGCGAAAGAGGUUAUAAAAUUGUCGGAGAACCUUUAAGAACUUGCGAAGAUAACGGAAGAUGGAGUGGGAACAUUCCCGAAUGUGUUUACGUUGAUUGUGGUACUCCAGAAAAUAUAUCCAACGGAAAUGUGAUGCUUCCAUCAAAUGCUACGUACUACGGAGGUCUGGCUUUGUAUACUUGUAACGCAAAUUUCGAACUUGACGGCGUAUCUCGGAGAUUGUGUCAAGAAAAUGGUACCUGGAGUUCAGAUGCACCUAAGUGUAAAGAAAUUCAAUGUAAAGACCCAGAAACACCGAACGGCCAGUUAUUUACCGUCAGCACUUACAGCGUUGGAGGUGUAGCUAAAUACCAAUGUCCAAGAGGCCACAACAUGGAAGGAAACGAUACCAGAAUUUGUAUGAAAAAAGGGAGCUGGAGUGGUUCACCACCUUUAUGCACCGCUGUCGACUGCAAACAACCGGAAGACAUAGAAAACGGUAGAGUGCUGGUAGUAAACGGUACGACUUACAACAGCGCCAUUGAAUAUCAUUGCGUUCCGAAUUUCGUCAGAGUCGGAGCUUACUUAAGAAAAUGCAUGGAAUCAGGAGAAUGGUCAGGGGGAAGCACCAACUUGCAAAGUUCCUUCAGAAGCCCCUCAAGAUUCUUCCAAUAUGACAACCCAUAUAGGCAUCGGUGCUGGUAUAGUACUAUUCCUGUUGUUGCUCUUGGGAAUAAUUUACUUAAAAUUGCGAAAACCGGUUGCCGUUAAAAACACGGAGAACGUAGAAGGAGCGGAGCGUAAAGAAGACAGAAACGCGGCGGUUAUGAGUUACGCUACGUUAAAUGACAGGAACGGUUAUGCGAAUGGUGGUACCCCCAAACGUUUACGAAAACGUCCACGGAGAGGAGAACAUGUACGAUGCACCAUACGAGGAAGGGGGUAGAAGAAGUAGCGGCGAAUACGAACCGGAACCGGUUGGAAGAACCAAUGGAAUAACUAUAAAUGGAGUGGCUGUGAGAUGAACAAUCAAAAACGUCGAUUUGAUAAAUUUAUUUCGUAUAGGGACUGAAUUUACUUUAAUUAGAAAGAUUCUCCGUUCUCAAAAUUGUCAUAAUUUGACAGAUGAGAAUUGUUGACAUUUGUGACAGUUGACAAUUAUUAUGACUGGAUGCUUAUUUGAAUUUCAAACAAGAAAUGCGAACCAGAAACCCUUUCAAUUGAAUUUUACGUUAAUUUUGAUCUUUAAUUUAAAAUUGUACUGAGUAGGCCAAAGCAUAAGAUUUUAUAAUUCGGGUUGGUUUCCGUUUUUAUACUAACUCUGUGAUACAUUUUGAGUUACAAAACAUCAACCCUAUAGAGUUUAUUAUAUAAAUGGGUGAAAUAAGCUAUUGAAAACCUGUUUAUUUGCAUUUAUUUGAAGCAGUUACCAAAUGUUUUCGAUUAGAGUUAGUGCAACUUUGUUAAGGAUAUUAAGGAUUUAAAAAAUAUCCUGCUUAUCUUUUUUUUAAACAUUAUAAUAUAUAUUUAAAUAUAACGAACUUUUUCAUUGAUUAAAACUGCCGAAAUAUUGUUAAAUUGUAAUUAAUAAAUUGCACAUCUAAAAUGAAAGUUUGAUAAAUAUGUUUAUAGAUACUUGUAUAAUUUUUGGUGUUUUGUAAAUAUUAACAUUUCAUUUAUGUAAAUAUCCAUUUUGUAUUAAAUGUAGAUAGAUAUAACUGUUGUAUAGAAUAUUUCUUUUAAUUUGUACCAUAUAAUAAAACAUUCUUU